UUGGUCGCUCUACGGCGGAGGUUAUGACCCGUAAAGUGAUCUAAAAUGGACAUGUAUUCGUCCGUAAUUCCUAAUUAAAGUGAUAAAAUAGCAUUUUAGCAAUAAAAAUGCAUAUCUUAUUAAUUUUGUGUUUUAUAAUCGUCGGUAUAUAUUCGUGUAUUUCAUGGCUCCUCCCGACUCUCUUGGCUUGGCUGUUCAAGAGAAAGUACCAUAUAAAGCUGAAAAUCGGUCGCAUUGGUUUGCCGAAGUUAAUAUUACGAGAUGUUAACUUAUCCAGAGGUGGAUAUUCCGUUCAAAUUGACGAAAUCUCCUUCAGCAGCAGUUUCUUCAACUCAGAAACCAACAAGCUUGUGUCCGUACUCAUCAGAGGCUUCAACGUAACCAACAAUGUAGAAGAGAAACGGAGUACAGUCGAGACUAUUCUGAAGCCAUUGCUGUCGAAACAGAACUCCACAAAUAGUAGGGGAGAGGUGGAUGAGAUGAGUUUUGAGGAGCUGGAUAGAGGGUUGAGGGUGACGGAGAGAAAGCUGCUGGAUUUUAGGGAUAAGAAGCUACCGCCUAGUUUGAUUAUGUUUGCUCAGUUUAUGGGAGUCCACAUAACCAACGCGACGGUGACCAUCCACGGUCCCUCCUUCACGUUGGAGGGCUCAGCUUGCCAACUUCACGCAGAUGGAGCUGCGGGCGGCCCAGCACGUGCUCUUGUGUUCUGUGCAAAUCUGCUUGAGGCCAAGGCUCGCGUACUGAAGGAGCGGAACGUACUUGCGGAGGCGGGACUCAGCGUCCUAGUUGAGGGAACAGUGAAAGCUGAUGGACCGCUCAAUGUUGAGAAAAUUCACUGCGCCGUUAGCAACACUCAGAUAUCAUUCCAUGAUGAGCUGCACGAGCUGGCUAAGAAGCAAAGGCGAUACAAGCGGCCGCAGGUGAGACAGUAUGCCACUGAAGACCAAGAGGCGUCGCCAGCGUUGCCGAGGUUGUCACCUGUAGUACCAAAGAUAUUUAGUUUAAAGAUUGACACAACGAAUGUAACGUGUAUAGACAACGUUACGAAAACGGACUUCAAGGCGUCUCUCAACAGUUUCCAAAUAAACUCUCGCUUUAGCUCUGCGUCAGUGCACACGGACGCUUCGGGCGUUAAAUCAAGCGCUCGCGUCCAAAUGUACGUGGCCUUACAAAUGGAACAACUGCAAUUGAUCGCACAAUGUCGGAAGGAGACGUGCGAAGAUGUGCUGCUUUAUAAUAAUAAGCUCAAGUUGGAUGCCAAGCUAGAAAAAGGCGUACUGAACCUCUACCUAAUUCUGAGCACGCUCAAACUGUCAUACGACCAUGAGAACGUGUUCCGUUGGUACACCUCAGUACUGGAGAGACUUGAUAAGACCAAGCCUAUGCAGAUACAGCCCAUUACCACGACCCAAUCUUCAGGCCUCCUGGACAGCAUACUCCGCGCAUGCGUAGUGCAAGGUUGCGCCGAACUACGACACGGCUCGCUGCGCGCACGCCUCCCUGCCCCUCUUUCUAUUGGUUGUCAAGGACUCAAGGUCAAGUUGGAUCAACUAGUGGACACAAGAGAGGAGCCGUACACAGCUUCGUUCCCUCGCGUCCUGCUCGGCUCCCGUCACUGGAGCGCGGAGCUGCUGGUGGACUCGGGCUGGCUGGCGUGGGGCGCCGGCGCCGCGCGGGAGGAGCCGCCGCCGCGGAAGCACCACGCGUGGGGCGCCGCCUUACUCGCUGUCGCCCUUGUCAAAUGGGGCAGCCAUGGGCCCAGAGACUCCAAGGUUGAAGCUAUGAUGGACUGCCUCCGCAUCGAAUGGUCCAACACCGUAGCCGCAACCCUCAUCAGCCUCCUCGACUGCCUCCACGCCUACCGCGCCCCCCGCGCCUCCGACCCCACCCCUCCCUCCCCCUGCCACGUUACCGUCAACGUAGCACUAUCGCAUAUUAACGCGUUUCUGAUUGUGAACGAGAGCAUGUGUUUGAUGACAAGGAUAGAUGCGGUGACGGUGGAGAGGGGAGCGGUGCGGGGCGCGGCGGUGGUUUCGGGGGUUAAGAUUGUGGAUAUGGUGCCUUUUAAAGGCAAUUUCCAAUGUCAACGCUCAGACGAGAUCCCAAAAUCAUUUUUCCACGUCCGUUUAGCGAGAAUAGAACACACACCAAACGAGGAAAAUAAUUCUUUACUCUUAGACUUCCAAUUCCUCGAAACUACGGACUGUGAAUGGAGCGCCAACUUACACCUGAAGAUACUAGAGUUCGUGAAGGCAGUGAAAGGGUUUAAGGAGGAGUUGGGGAAGAGAAGAAGUGGGGGUGGGGGAAAGAAGAGUAAGUUGGAUUGGAGGGUGGGGAUUAAGGGGGAGACGAGCUUGGGACUGUUGCUGUCGAAGGAGAAUAAUAUGAUAUUUGUUACUGACGACCUAACAGUCUCCUACGACCACAAACUCGGGCUAUCCAUAGUCUGGAGUCAGCUAAAGAUGAUCCUUAACGGUGAUGAAGUGAUCACAGUAGAAGGUUACACACAGGAGAGGGCCCAAGAUGAUCACGAGGUUAGAGUGGAACGGAGUGCGGCUGAGGGCUUUGUACUACCUUGGAAUAGAGUUUGGGCGGUGACCGUAGAAUCAGUCAGAGUAAUAUUCCCAUACAAGCAUCGCUUCGCGGACGCGGUGCAGGGCGACUUCGUGUCGCAUUUUAAGUGGCUCAAGAAGGUACAUGGCAUUGGGAAGACGAAGGGCGAGAAAACGCUGCCUAGCGACUUCCAUAUCAAGAUUGAAGAGGUCCUAAUAGAAAUGAGUGACGACCCGUUCGAAGUGAAGCUACGGGAUAACUAUGAAUUGCUAGAAGAUGAGUAUAAGGAGAGCCAAAAGCGACGGAGCAUGUUGGAUGCGAAGGUCCAAGAGCUCUGCAAGCCUCACUUAUUCCUCCCAGCCGGGAAAAUCGACGAGCUGUACGCAGCUCUAAGUCAAAAGGACGCACAAAUCUACGUCGUCCGUUGCCGCGCCGCGCCGCCGCCGCGGACUCGCCUCGUCGCGUGCUGUUUGAGCGGCUUCCGACUGCUGGCGUUGGCUGAUCCGAGUAUACAUGGACUGAGAGCGCAGGAUAAGUUGAGAGAGCUGGACGCGGACAGCCCAUGGCCCGAAGACGGCGUAGAAUUCACUACCUUGUGGUGUCGCGCCAUCAGCCUUAACUGCGCGCAGUGGCAGCUGUUGCUACGAGACUUUCCGCAGCCAUUGCUACGGCUGAGCUCACUGCGAUUGUGGGGUUCUCUCUGUGGCGCCGAGGAGCAUCCACCGCCUAGAGCUGUCCGAACAGUAACGAUAGACCAAGGCGGGCCGUGGGGUGAGAUGGAGUUGGAACGAAGCAUGAUGCCCCUAAAAUGGUAUUAUGACUUGUGUUGCGAGAUGGCGGAGUUUAGCUACGCGUUCGGACCUUGUUGGGAGCCGGUUAUCGCACAAUGCAACUUAUCAUUCGACCAAGUAUCACGCCCAUCUCUCGACCCGUCAGCGCCGCUCGCGUUUUGGGACAAAGUGCGCCUACUGAUGCACGGACGACUAACUGCGAAUUGUGGGAAGUUCACAUGUCUUCUACAUGUAUCGCUGGACCCCUAUAAUACUACUGAAGAAAUGGAAUUGACGUGGACGGACUUGGUUUUGGACUGGACCAAUGGCAAGCUUGGCUUCCUCGGCGAAUUGAACGUGUUCGUCCGUACGGCCAGCAAAUACGACGACUGUCGCGUGCUGCGGGUUCCAGCCCUCAAACUAUCCGUGAAACUCGGUUGGCUAUGCGUCGGUGAUCCGCGCGACCAUCGUGCCGUGGCGCCAUGCGCGCCCACGCGGUUACCAGAGUACUCUAGCAACCAGGAACAUGAUUCGUACCGAGCCUUCCGGUCUCAGAAUCUGGAUCUGCACAUAAGUAUGGAAACGAAACCUAUUGAGAGGGACGGACCUAUUCUACUAUUAUAUGGAAGUACUUUAAGAUGGUUCGAGAGCCUAAAGCUGAUUCUGUCAGGUGUAACUCGUCCCACGCGCCGCGGACGCGUGUUUCAAAACCUUAAACCGCGCAAACUGCAGCUAUCGCGUCACUAUCGCGAAGUCAGUGCCGCGGUUACAUUGCAUAAUCUACAGGUGUUCUACUGGUCUUCCUCAUCUAUGCAACGCGGCAUAGAGAUGCUUGGAGUCCGCGUCACCUGCGGUUCUAAACAUCGACUUUCCCUAGUUAAAACUAGCGACAAUCUAGUAAGAAGGCCCCGAGCCAACUGGACGACAGGGUAUAUGAAUUGCGACCUUAACGACGCGGAGAUAUGGUUGAAAACGCCGGUGGUUAUGCCCGAUGAUCGGGGCGGUGAUGAGACCUUGGCCCUGAAGCCUGCACCAAUGGAGAAAUGCUACUGCCUCUCCGUCCGCCGAGUUUCAUACGGACGGGAAUGUGGGGACGCCGAGUCCGCGCCUACACAUCGCUUGGCCGUCCACGAUCUACGAGGAGCGUGGACGAAGCUUAAUAGGGACUUGGCUUUCGCACUUAUCGACACAUAUAUUAAAACACGGCAAUUGAAGAAGAACCUAUCAACAAAAGCGCUCAAAGAGGAAGACAGGCUGGACGCGUCACCGAAACACCAGCGGGAAGGCGAUGUUGCGUCUCCACCGCCCGCGUCGCAAUCAAGCAGUGCUCCUGGUUCAAACGCCGAAGGAAUGCUGGCAACGUUAGUGGCUGAAGCCGGCAGCGAAGCCCCCGUAGUAUUCAGUGACGACCUGAGUGGCGCCGAAGGGGACACGCCCCCGUCACAUCCUCAUCAUCCCCGUCAUGUUCUGGAUGAUGAAAACGCCCAUACGGCGUUCCUUAUUGAGUUAGUUAAUUCGCAAGUGGUCCUAAAAGGCUGUGAGAGUCGCGGCUACGUCAUUCUGUGUGCGGCGCGUGCAGAAGUUCGGCAACGGGUACGCCGCUCGCCCGCCGCUACGGCCUGGAGUGGAGCCUUGUCUGCCAUGCAGUAUUAUGCCACCGUUAGCGCAGGAGACAAAGAUCAGCUGGACGAAAACAUCCAAUGGGUAUCAGUAGAAGAGAUCUCAGAGCGUUGCGGUGGAGCUGAAAUCAGCACUUUACCAGACGUACCGCGGCUUGUGGGUAGUGGACAUUCAGCCGGAGGAGUCAUAGGCCGUUGUGUGGGGCCCAGUGAGCACGCCGGUCUCGCACAGCUUCAACGCAUAGUCUCCCGUUGCGCCUGCGAGUUCUAUUACGUCUCCCACGACUCGGCAGAAGUUAGCGGCGGCGGCGCCGCAGGCUGGGCCUCCGCCCCCCAACCGUACGACUCCUUCACACUCAUGCAUCACGACCUCGACGUGUGCACCAACUCGCUACAGUACGCGAUGCUCCUCGAUGUAGUGAACAACGUGGUACUACACGUUGAGCCGGAACGCAGGCGCACGCUGGAGAGGCGCGCGCGCACUCGUUUUCAAUUACAACUGCACCAGGAUCAAGAUCCAAGAACGCUGAUACAUAGCACCCAGACACAGGUCCGAGAGUCCCUCGCUCGUCUCCGGCGCCUGGAGAAAGAGUACUAUCUGAAGAACCGGUCCAUUUCUAGUGACGACCCCGACCCGCUCGCCGUCGCCGACUUGAAGAGCUUGGAUGAUCAGGUCAACGAAUGCAAAGACACCCUCUGGUCUCUCGGCGAAGAGCUAGACGCGAUGGUUCGCGCCUGGCGAGAGAGCCGACGAGGGGCCGCCCCAGCCGUGCGAAGCCCUUCAGCCCCUCCGCAUAGAUACAACGAGAUCUGCUUCAAAAGUGCGCGAUGGAGAUUGACAGAUGCCGAUGGACAGUUGGGCAUCGCUGACUUGCUAUUAACUAACUUUCUGUACACGAAAACUUCCCGCUCGGAUGACUCGGUCGAGCAUCAGCUUGAAGUGGGAUACGUCCGCGUCACCAAUUUACUACCAAAUGAACCAUUCCCCGAGGUAUUGGUGCCCCAAGCGCCUUCAGGACGGGCUCCACUAGCGCGACGUGCGACGUUGCGUGUAUUUUGCCGAGAUAGGCCGCCGGUUGGCGGCAUCAGCGUUAAAGAACAUUUUGAGGUCAACAUAGUACCCAUCAGGAUAGGUCUCACAAAGAAAUUCUUCAACACCAUGCUGAAGUUCUGCUUCCCCGAGCGCGACCCUGACGCUAUCGAGGACGGCGAGGAAGACGAGGGCACGCUCCGAGCCGGUGCCUCCACGGCUAGCUUGGUUUCCACAGGCUCGAAGAAAACUAAGAAGAAGGGCAAGGAUUCUAACUCCAACUUCUAUGUGAAGAGGGAUAAGAAGGAUAAAGAUGAUGUUGAGAAAAUGAAGGAGCGCGCAGAAAAGAAUAAACUAUUCAUCUACAUCAAGAUCCCAGAAGUACCUGUGCGUGUGUCCUACAAGGGUAGUAAAGAGAAGAAUCUAGAGGAUGUCAGGGAUCUUCCUCUGGUUCUACCUACCUUGGAGUACCACAACGUGACGUGGACGUGGCUGGACCUGGUGCAGGCAACAAAAAGUGAUACCAGAAGGGUGAUAGUGUCGCAGGCGAUCAGGCAGAAGCUGCAAUUGCACCGCCGCGCCGCCGCCGCGCCCGAGCCUCAUGAAGAAGACAAAGCCAGGCUACUUCUUGGAGAACGAACCGUAGCGGAGAACAAACCUCAAAAGAAGAGCACCCCUGGCGUAUUCAAGUUCUCCAAAUCCUAGCGCAAGCAUUUAUUCUAAAACGAACCAUAAGCAGACUGCAUGAGAUUCACUUUUUAAUCAUAGCUUAAGCAUAGUCCAGGCUAGUGUAGGCACUAGUUACCAGUUAAUUUUCGAAUGGUUGUAUGUCGAUGUUUUGUUUAAGCGAAAUUUUAACUUAACUCGUGUACGAUUUGGGUUUUUUUACGGUGUCAGAAAAGGUUGGAAUACGAACCUGAAAGAGUUAUAUGUACACAAUCAUCAAUUACUUACUGUAAAAUGAAGACACCAUAACUGUUUUUUAAUUUGUCUCAACCAUUUUUUUUUAUGAUUUUUAAAUUUUUACCGUUAUUCAAUUGCUGCCGUCACGCGUUACAAUAUGACUAUGUGACAUGUUACACAUUUGCUGGUUUAACUUUUAAACUAAAGCGAUAAAAAAACUGUAUGAAUAUAUAGGUUGGCCAAAAAAUAAGUGCAUUCCCGUUGCCAGGGAGGUUUUGGGAUUGUACUGAGCAACUUUUACUAUGGGACCAACACCAAAAUCGCAAAAAAAAAAAUUUGGCUGUUUCAUACAUUUUGGCUGGUUCAUUUUCUAUGGGAGGGUAAAUUUUUCCCCCAUAGUAAAAAUUGUUCAGUACAAUCGCAAAACCUCCCUGGCAAUGGGAAUGCACAUUUUUUAGCCACUCUGUAUAGUAUGGCCGUAUGGCUCGAAUCUCGAUUUUCAGUAGUUUGUGUUUAGUGUUACACAUUAAAUAUACUAAUAUAGUUUGUAGCAAUGACCUUUAAAGUCGUUGAAGUUUUUGUAAUCAUUUCAUAGUAACCAUUACCUUAUUAAAAUAACGAGGCUCUAGAAAGUCCAGCGACUUGAGACCUUAUUCAAUUAUAGAAGACCAAAUAUAAAAUAGUCACACGAUAGUAAGAGGUUAAAUACUUAUACGUGAUAUUCAUAUAACUAGAAUGUAUUGACAAAAUAAUUUUUAACAUUUAUGUAAAUUAAUAUUUUAGGCGUGGUUUAUGUAAAGAACAAGAUUUUGAAGUGUUUUUGAUUAAUUGUUGACGAAAUUAAUUCCAUAGAGUGAGAUAUAAAACAUGUCAAUUUAAUAAUAAGUACUAGACUUUUUUACACUUCUAACAAAGAUAAAUAUAACUCCGUAAUAGAUGGAUACAGUCUAAGGAAAAAACGUGCCUCGAAAAUCACGAAAAUUUGAUUCUCGAUCAGAGGGCGCCACUAGUUUUGGCCUAGUCUCGUAUAGAGGGCGUUGACGGUUUUGUUUGUUAUUUAUAAUUUUAACGCAUAUCAAUGGAAGAACAUGGGUCAAAAUCUUAUAAAAAUAAUUAAUUCAAAUAAAAAAAUCAUUUAUCCAUAUUUAAAUUUGACGACCGGCCUGGCCUAGUGGGUAGUGACCCUGCCUGUGAAGCCGAUGGUCCUGGGUUCGAAUCCCGGUAAGGGCAUUUAUUUGUGUGAUGAGCACAGAUAUUUGCUCCUGAGUCAUGGGUGUUUUCUAUGUAUUUAAGUAUUUAUAUAUUAUAUAUAUCGUUGUCUGAGUGCCCAUAACACAAGCCUCCUUGGGCUUACCGUGGGACUUAGUCAAUCUGUGUAAGAAUGUCCUAUAAUAUUUAUUUAUUUAUUUAUUUAAAUACAUUUUAACGUAUUUUUAUAAAUCUUCAUUUUUAGUUUUAAAGUAUGUCGAUAGAUGGCAGUGAAUUUACAGCGGUUACAAAAUUUACUAAGUAUGACAGUACCGCUCUAUCUAAUUAUAUCCUCAUUGCUUCUAAAGAGACACGUGACAAGUGUGUCUCUUCCCGAAACUUUGCGUUUACCAAUAACCACUCAAUUUAAUUUAAUUAUUCGGGAAUUAAGACAAACAAAUCGGUAUUUUCUAAUCUAGCUAACUCGGUAGCGAUUUUAAUAGCAUAUACUGUGCCAGUGUUACUUUAAACGUCUAUUAAAUUAUUUCGUUUAAAAUAACACUUGUACACUCUGUGCCAUCAAAAUCGCUACCGAGUUCGCUUGAUUUAACAAUGCCAUUAGUCUUUGUAAAAUUCAGUCAUAGAGAGUAAUUUGUGGUAUUUCCUAUAAAAAGGGACCUUAUUGUCGAUGGCGCUUACGCUAUUAUAAACGAUGCACUGAUAAAUACAAUACAAAUGCAAUGCCGCGCGACGCUGUGCGGCGUAAGCGCCAUCGACAAUAAGGUCCCUUUUCAUAGAAAAUGCCCCAUUUAAACUUUUGUGAGCUCUUUAUCUUACUCUAUGUUCGUUGAAAAUAGACGUUUUAUUUGAAAUUUGUUUAUAUUAAUGUAUUAUUUAAGUAUUCCUUUUAUAUCUGUUUAUAAAUUUGAUUAAUUUUAAGGAAAUUAUUGAAAUUCCAUUGUUUAAUUUGAUGUACAGGUUAAUGAAUAAUGAGAUUUUUACGUAGGUAAGACUGUCGAAAAUAAUGUCUUAUUUAAUCACUUCUCAUAUAAAUUUAGUAAGAUUUUUUUAUAGAAUUUGAAAAUAAAAUUAAUUAAUGUUUCAUUUUUAAAUAAUUUGCCGUGUUCAGGCAAAAGGCUGCCAAUUACGCUCAAGGUAUCCGAUACGAAGAAACAAGUAGAAAUCGCAAUUAUUAACAGCCGAAAAGCUCAAGUACCUUUUGCUUGGAAACGUCAGUUUUAUCAAUCUCGCUAAACCUGUGCACACCGGCUGCGUUUAUGUAGACGUGUACAUGCGGGUUGUAAUAUACAGAUCCUUUUGAGAGACGGCACACCGCUUGCGUGAUAUGCGCGCACGGCUCCAACUUUUUAGCGCACGCGCUUGUGCAAGACUACGCACACUCAGCCGGUGUGCACAUAACUUAAAUAUACAUACUGCUAAAAGAUAAGUUUCAUCCUAUUAUAAUUUUUAAAUAGUGAGCUUAGGGUUAUGUUUAACUGGCAAUACUGCGACUGGUUAAGAGCUGAGUAGU